AUGCGUGCCUCCUUCACCGUCGCCUCCCUCUCGGCCCUGGCUAUGGGUGCCAUCGCCGCCGACUCCUCCAGCUCCAGCGAGGGCAACCCUGCCACCCAAUACCUGACCGAGACCAACUCCCUCGGCGUUGUCACCGGCCAGCCCUCCGUCGUCACCUCCCAGCCCUCGGUCGUGACCUCGCAGCAGGCCGCUGCUUCUAUCCCCGCUGGCCUGUCCUCCCCCGUGGUUACUCCUGCCACCAACAGUGCCACCUCUAGCGGCAGCGCUUCUGCCUCCAGCGGCUUCACCUCUUCUGCCAAGACCACUGGCACUGCCACUGGAACCAGCACCUCCACCGAGACUGGCUCGUCUUCCUCUUCCUCGGGCUCUUCCUCGGGCUCCUCCUCCAGCACUGCCUCCAGCUCCUCCUCCACCGGUGGUGCUGCCAUGGCCACUGCUGGCCCCAUGGGUCUGGCCGGUCUGGCUGCCCUGGCUGCUUUCGCU